AUGGGCCUUAGAUGCUUGAAGAUAAGGAGAUGGUCCGGAAUUGGGGUGAUAGCGUGCCUCUUCGUUUUCCUUGUUCUGAGGUAUGCUGCUGUGGAUAAUCCCCUCGCAGAGGUGCUGAUAUCAAACCCUCUCUUCCGCAAUGCGUCGGAUUAUCUACACUGGAGGAGUGAGACUGGACUGCCGGCUGUGCAAAAUCCGGAAACAGGCUCUCAACUGAUUUCAACCCAGAAAAUAGUCUUCUCUUUGUUCAGGAAGCAGAAUUUUUCGGAGGAGGAGCAGCGGUCGUUGCAGACAUGGAGCCGCUUCAGACACUUCGUUGACCAUCCUGGAGGCCUGCCCAAUGCCAUGGAGGCCAUCAAGGAAGCUACUUCUACAUGGGGAAACCUGGUGCAUGAGGUCCUCAAGAAAAAGCGACUGGAAGCCGCCAAUGGAACCCAGAAGUCGAGGGAGAAGCAGUGCCCAUAUUCCAUCAGAAGAAUGGAUGUCUGGGCAGUCAAUGGCAGUUCGUUCAAGCUGAAGAUCCCCUGCGGCCUGGUUCAGGGCUCUUCUAUUACUGUUAUCGGCACACCUACUGGCCUUCUAGGUGAUUUUAGGAUCGACUUGAUGGGCGCCACACUUCCAGGCGACCCGGAGCCCCCGAUUGUCCUGCAUUGCAACGUCCGUCUCAUGGGCGACAAGGCCACCGAUGAUCCUGUAAUCGUUCAGAACUCAUGGACUCCAGCCAACGACUGGGGCCCCGAGGAACGCUGCCCUUCUCCCACUCCUGAUGACAAGAAAGGUACCGGUCCAUCCCCGCUUCCCCGUUUUGUCCGUCUUCCAAGAAAAACCAGUUCUUGAUGGCGCUUCUUUCCAUCCGAAUAUGUAUAUCCCCAUGAAUUAUAGCCCACUGACAUUUGAGUCUCUUCUGGCUUUCGGGCUCUAUCUGUCGGUCUCUUCUGCACCCUUUCCAGUGGAUAAUCUAGACAAGUGCAGUCAAGUGGUGGGCAAAGAUGAGAUGCCGGUGCCCACGCCGAGGAAAGCUUCUGAAGCUUCGAGGGCGUUCUCUGCUUCCAGCGAACUGCCCAAGCGCGGACCUUUCUUUCCGUUCAGACAGGGACAUCUGGCAAUCACCACUCUGCGAGUCGGGGCGGAGGGAAUCCAGAUGACUGUUGAUGGGAAGCACAUAACUUCAUUUGCUUACCGCGAGGUAUCUGCAUCUCAACCACCCAGACCAUAUUCUUCACUGGUUCACACAUCUUCUGGUUCGACCCGUGGGAGAGGUUGGCUUGGCAUGACUGCUGGAUUGGCGGCUGACGCUCUUUGUGGUGACAGAGCUUGGAGCCCUGGCUUGUGAGCGAGGUGCGGAUCUCGGGAGAUUUCAAGGCAAUAUCUGUUCUGUCCGUUGGUCUUCCGACGUCGGAGGAUCUGGAGCAUGUCGCGGACUUUAAGAUUCUCAGAUCCCCCCCUCUGCCCCUUCGUAAGCCACUGAGCCUGUUCAUCGGCGUGGUUUCCACAGCGAACAACUUCAAACGCAGGAUGGCCGUCAGGAGAUCGUGGAUGCAGUUUGAUGCGGUGAAAUCUGGAAGAGUUGCAGUCCGGUUCUUUGUUGGCCUGGUGAGCCUCCUCUGGCCCUUUCUCGCUCUUCUUUUCUCCUGCGCUCUGCAAGAAACUGUUUCUUCUCCGGGUGUUUCUGACUGCUCUGGCAAAACAAUUUGGGUCCCCUGGGCAGCACAAGAACCAGAUGGUGAAUGAGGAGCUCUGGAGCGAAGCCCGUGCGUAUGGGGACGUCCAGCUCAUGCCGUUUGUGGAUUAUUAUUCACUCAUCACCUGGAAGUCCAUAGCCAUCUGCAUCUUCGGGGUCUGCACAUUUCUUGAGGCUGCCCGUGUUUCUUCCCAUCCACCCCCCCGCCGUCCUCCGUUGACUUGGGUGGAAGCCCGAGUAACUCACUCCUGGCCUGCUUUGCUUCGACAGACCGAAGUUGUGGCCGCCAAGUUCGUCAUGAAAGCAGAUGACGAUUCCUUUGUGCGCGUGGAUGAGAUCCUGAGCUCGUUGCACCAGGGGAAUGUGACCCGUGGGCUUCUGUUCGGCAGUGUCGACUCGGAUUCUCGGCCGCAAAGGAGCGCCGAUAGCAAAUGGUACAUAACCCACGAGGUAGAGCUCCAACAUGCCUGAUAAAGUUGACUUUUUUCUCGUUUUUUUUUUUUUUCAUUCUGCUCUUGUAUAAUCUUCACGCCGCCGUCGCUCUUUGAAAUGAAUGAAGGAAUGGCCGGAAGAAAAAUACCCUCCAUGGGCGCACGGCCCUGGCUACGUGGUCUCCAAGGACGUCGCGGAGUACGUCCACCGCGGCCACCGGAGCGGUCAACUCAAGGUAAAGAUGAAGACCCCUCCCCCCCCCCUCACCCGGUUAACCACGGUGGCGGACAAAUAUGGACGAUCGCUCCACCGAAUUGGCCGCCUGGUUUUUAUCUGCCUAUUUCGUUCCACCCAACUAACUCCCUGGUUUUUUGCCUGCCGAUUUCGCCAGAUGUUCAAGCUGGAGGACGUCGCGAUGGGGAUAUGGGUCUCUGAGAUGCAGAAGGAAGGUGCCGCCAUCCGGUACGUGAAUGAUGAUAGGAUCUACAGCGGGGGGUGCGAGCCCGACUACAUUGUGGCACACUACCAGGGGCCGAGAGACAUGCUGUGCCUGUGGCAGAGGCUGCAAGAGACUCGCCUCCCAACGUGCUGUGGCGAGCGGUGA